AUGGAGUCGCGGCAGAACCAGCUGUGGGCUGUGCUCUUCAUCACGUUCGCGGCUGCGACAAUCAUCACGAUACUGCGCUUCUUGAGUCGCCGACUCAAGAGAAUCACGCUAUCGUGGGACGAUUACUUUGCGCUCUGCGGCUAUGCCAUCUCACUUGGUUGGAUCAUCAUUAUUCCCUACUGGGUGAACCACGGUCUCGGGUUGCAUAUCGACUACCUCAUAAACCCCAAAGGCGUCAAGAUGUCUGAGGACCAGUACAUGGCCAAGAUGGGUGUACUGCUAGAGGAGUCGAAGCUACUGCUCUUCAUCGCAGAGUUGUUCUACGCUUUUGGUUUAUUCUUCGCCAAGGUCUCCAUCUUGAGUCUUUACUGGCGCAUGUUUAGAGUCACGGGCAUCCGGAUCCCGAUCCAGAUUCUUUUUGGCUGCGCUGGUGUUUGGAUUACUUUCCGAAUUUUCAUGGGCAUCUGGCAUUGUGUGCCCGUGGAGCGAUUCUGGGAUUCAACAGUCGAGGGAUACUGCGCCAUCGAAGACAAGAAGUUCUUUUUCGGCACUACUCUGGUUCACGCUGCCAUUGAUAUCGCCAUCUUGAUUCUCCCCAUGUGGCAGAUUGGACGACUACAGCUCCCUAUGCUGCAGAAGGCUGGCAUCAUGGUCAUGUUUACUUUUGGCUUCUUCAUCUGCGCCGCUGCCAUUAGACUGAUUGUUGCCGCCCGAGUCUUUGACGAUACAUCACCCGAUUUGACAUGGAAUAUCUGCGAUAUUGUUAUCUGGGCUACAGUAGAGGUCAACCUCAUCAACGUUUCCGCUUCCCUCCCCACCAUCCGACCUGCCUGCAUGUACAUCUUCACCUGCACGCACCCACAGACCCGAACAGGUGCCAGCUCAGGCAGCUACCCUAACAACUACAGCCGCAGCCAAACGAAGCAGUCCAUCCGCCUCGACACCAUCAACAAGUCGUCUAUCCCCAACGACGAGUCCAGCUCGACGCGCGAGCUCGCGGGUUCCGAUGACGGCAACGGCCGCACUUCCGUGUCCGACUUUGAGACCCACGCCAUGGACCGCUUCCGCCCGCCGGGGAACAAGUACACUUCCACCGUGACGGGUCAGAGCGGCGGCAGCAACCAGGGUGGAGGAGAAUACGGGUCUAAUUUUGGGGGAAUUCUUGUCAAGAAUGAGACGACGGUGCACGUUUCUCAACAGUGA